ACCCUGGAGGAUCGACGUUCUCGGCAGGUGACGGACCGCGUGGUGGCGUCGACCAACUUUGUGGGUGCACGACGGUCGUCUGAGGUGGGCCAAAAACAGCGCUACCCGCUCGAGCGCUUCACGGAGGACCUCAAGAUUGUGAAGGACGAGGCGGACUUCCUCGACAGGGAGGACUUUCCGAACGAGCAUUUGCGCCACGACUGCAGCAAGUCGGUCGGCCGCUGUCUGAAAGAGGUGACAAACAGGGAGGGCAACGUGAGGAAGAUCUGUCGGCGAACACACAAUCGAGUGACGAACACACACCUUUACGAGCGAGCGCAGUCCAACCACUCAGCCAAGGUCCUGCGGAUCCUCGAGAAGUGGGGGCUGACCGAAGAGUCGGAGGACCGCAUCGCAUGUGUGGCCGGGCUGGACGGGAGGAGCCCGAUGCCAGACGGCGAGGACUAUCCGCUGCUGCGCCCGGUUGUCGAGCUGGAGGGCGGCCGGCAUUACCCUCCCUGUAUGAAGGGCGAUGAGAUGAUGUCUCAGUUCAUUCCCGACAUGGCCUUCCUCCUGUGCUGCUCGGUCAACGUCCAGAUCGUCGACUACGAGUGGGUGAAGGCCUAUCUCGCAAAGUGAGGCGGCGAGCAGCUGACGACACAUCUCAUCUCAUGCAUGUUUCUGUGACGGCGGUUGAUGAACAUCCUGCUUGCUGCUUGUCUUGCUUGAAUGUUGGCAGGUAUGUGGCGGGUGCCGAGGAGAAGCCGAUGGCCAGCCUGAGUGUGGCUCGUGAGUCCGACGGGAACGCGCUCACCGACGUUCGCGUCAACAGCUACGGCAUCCUAAACACAAAGAUCGGCGGCGUGCAGGCGCGUGCGCGUCAGGCGCAGGAUCAGGGAGGCCCGGCAGCAGCAGCUGCUGCUGAUGGUGAUAGGCAGCCACCACACGGACCACAGGACGGCACAUCGGCACCACCUGACAGCGACAGCAAGAAGAAGAGGAGGCGUCGGGACACGCGUCACCGGCAGGCGCUGCGUAUCUCCUAUACCGAGAUGCUGUGGCAGCUGCACGACUUUCCCCAUGUGACCUCUUCGAUCGACUGCAUCCAUGUCGCGUCCCUGCCUCCGGAGCUGAGGUGCGGCUGGAAGGCCCAAAAUCUCGGCCUCUCGGUGGACAGCGUUCAAAACGCGCCGCCACAGCCUCACCCGGGCAACCCGCAAGGCUUCCGUUCGGGCACGCAGGCGGUGCCAGUAGAGGCGAGGCGGAGGGUUCUUCCCAACGCAUUAUGGCGGCAGUUCACAGAGGGUCAGCACAGGGUCAUUUAUGGUCUGUUUGUGAGGUGGAAGCCCUUGAACAAGGUCAGCGUCUUCGACAUCCGCCCGCCAGAGCUUCACUGGAUUGAUUCCAUUGAGGAAUACUUCAAGUGAGUGAGGGAGCGGGAUACACGUUGUGGGUCGGUCAUGUAUGAAUGGAUGGAUGGAUGGAUAGAUGUGAUAGACGGAUGGAUGGAUGGAUGGAUGGGUGUGUUUUUCUGUGUGCGUGGUGCAGGUGGAUGGUGCUCUCGCAGCGUCCGCCGGCUGCGCAUCGCAAUCGGUACGACGUCUCUGAGGACCUCACCGUCACACCUUUGACCGACGGCGGGCUGCAGACCGUGAAGUUUCGGCAGCGGUACUUGACGGAGGCGGUGGAGGCGUGUCGACAGCGCUGUGGCUCAAGUGGCGCGUACGCGUCUCACGCUGCCAUGGUCGGUUUUCUCGAGCGUCUGCAGCAAGCGGUGGUCAACAGGCACGACGAGGAGUGCAGCGGUUCGUAGAGUCGCGACCGAAGCACAAUGCCAAAGAGGUGGUCAUUGUGUUCUCCACCGUCAAGCCGGACAACCCCUACAAGUUCUUCAUCCACCUGCUGUACCGGUUUGGUCGAUUCAUCUGUGAUAUGGACCGACCCUCCACGGUGUCGUCGCUACGUGAGAGCUUCUCGCGUGCGGGGUUGCUGAACGAGCACCCCGAUGACGACUCGGCAGCUACGGCGAGAGAUGCGGACCGGCUGCUGCGCUUCUCGGCGAGGCGGGAGCUCUUCAAUGGGUCAUACACGGCCAAAGCUUUUGACACCGCUCUGGAGCGCGCACAUGAGUACAUUCACGACGUCUUCUUUGGGCGCAUGUUCCAUGUCGGUGGCGUCCCACUGCUGGACAUGGCGUCCAUAGCAUGGGAGCUGACAGAGCAGGUGACGGCCGCGUGGGCGGAGCGUCGCAAGCGGCUGGCCGAGACGCUCGUGGGGUGCGUAAACAUCUCCGCUGCGCAGGGAGGGCCAUUGGUGGAGGAGCUGAAGAGGUCGACAUUGAGACAGCCCUACCUACCCUUAUCGGCCGGGGCCCAGCCGCAGGGUACAGGGCCACCUGCUUGGGAGCCCGGCAUCCGUCGUGCUGCAUCGGUCGGCCAGACGCUGGCGUCGUUCAACGAGCAGACCGAGGUGUACGAGAUGGGGUGUGAGAUCCUGGAUGCGGCCAGGGGUGGGCUCACUUCGUCUCGGGGCUGCUGCUAGUGGGCAUGGCCGGCAGCGGCAAGACGCACGUGCUCUGUCAGCUGGCGCUCUAUGCGAUGGGCCUGGGCUUCGACAUCGAGUACACGGCACUGCAGUCCAAGAAGGCGCUGCAGUUCGGUGGCGUCCACGUGCACAAGCUGUUCAACUUUGAACCGCGCCACGAGAAGCAGCCGCCGCACAUCCAGGCCAAGGUUGCCGUCAGCUCUCUCAGCCAAGCGCCUGGUCGGUGGGCCCUGCUUCAGGUGACCCACUGCUUUUUCAUUGAAGAAGUGGGGUUGUUGAGUGCCCAGACUAUCGCCGCCAUGGACAUCGUCUUGCGAGUAAUCCGAAACAUCCAGGUGCCGUUCGGUGGUGCGGUUGUGAUGGCCAGUGGGGCGGUUCCUUAGCUGGCGCAGUUGAACUUCCCCGCCUCCUGCUUGCCAAACACCAUGGUCGCAGCGUCCAGGAUAUCGUCCCAACUGUCCACAAAGUUGCAAUUCUGCUCGACGAUCUGCCACGCUUUGGCGAUAUCGGCGGGGGAACUCUGCGGCUUCUGUGCCUGAAUAAUGUCGAUGCCGCUGUGUGUCUGUGACCAUGGUUUUGUUGGUGUGAUGGUGGUGUUAUGUAGGUGGCAGCCGACGCGCAAUCGACGGUUGGUCCAGCGCAUUGCGAAGAAGGUCAGUGAGCCCGAUCAGCUCACGGUGUGGGACGGCACGUGCAUGCGGUUCAGCAGCAAUCUCAACGACCGAGGCAUCUCCAAUGGGCGCUUGUGCUUUGUCGG